CCUCCAACCUCCUUCCAGCCUUCUCCACCCUCCAUCCAGCUUCCCCACACCCUCCCUCAUCCUCUGCAGCCUUCUCCCAAGUGUUGUCCCCCCUAUCCCACCCUGCUCCAAACCCUCUUCCCAAACUUCCCCAUCUCCUCAUCUCCUAACCUUCUCCAUCCUCCCUGCAGCCUCCUCAUCCCUCCCCUCCACCUCCUCCAACCCUCUUCCAACUCUCCAAAGGACAAAUCUUCAUCCCACUUUCCAACCUCUUUCCAAACUUCCUCCGACCUCCUUCCCACCUCCCACAACUCGUCCCUCAGCCUCUUUUCCCGCUUUCCCCUCUCUCCCUCCCGCCCCGAUGUCGGUCCAUCCCGGCAGCCGGUUCGGAGCAGCGCGGGCGUUCGAGCGGCCGUUCCGUUCUCGUCCCGCUCCUUCACGGCCGGCCCGGCACUGAGGAUGAGCACGGCCCCGGCCUUCGGCCCUUACGGGGGGCUCCGUGGCGGCUCCGGGGGGCUCGGGGGUCCCUCGUGGGUCCCGGGGGCGGGCGGGGGGAUCACGGCCGUCACCAUCAACCGGAGCCUCCUGGCGCCGCUGGCCGUGGCCGUGGAUCCCGAGCUGCAGGAGCUGCGCCGGGAGGAGAAGGAGCAGAUCAAGACCCUCAACGAUAAAUUCGCCGCCUUCAUCGACAAGGUGCGGUUCCUGGAGCAGCAGAACAAGCUCCUGGAGACCAAGUGGGGGCUCCUGCGGGCACAGCCCCCGCCCCGCAGCACCCUGGGGGGGCUCCUCGAGGGCUACGCGGGGACCCUGCGGCGGCAGCUCGAGGGGCUCGGGCAGGAGCGGCAGCGGCUGCGCACGGAGCUCGGCCACGUCCGGGGGCUCGUCGAGGAGUUCAAGGCCAAGUACGAGGAGGAGAUCAACCACCGCACAGAGAAGGAGAACGAGUUCGUCCUGCUCAAAAAGGACGUGGAUGAAGCCUACAUGUCCAAGGUGGAGCUGGAAUCACGCCUGGAGAGCCUCACGGACGAGAUAAACUUCCUGCGGCAGCUCUACGAGGAGGAGCUGCAGGAGCUGCGGGUGCAGGUGUCGGACACGGCCGUGGUGGUGUCCAUGGACAACAGCCGCCAGCUGGACAUGGCCGGGGUGCUGGCGGACGUGCGGGCGCAGUACGAGGACAUCGCUGGCCGCAGCCGUGCUGAGGCUGAGGGCCUCUACCAGGUCAAGUACGAAGAGCUGAAGACGGCGGCCGGGAAGCAGGGAGACGACCUGCGCCAGACCCGGAGCCAGAUCCAGGAGCUGAACCGGCGGAUCCAGCGGAUCCAGGCAGAGAUUGAGGCUCUCAAAAAUCAGCGCUCUGGGCUGGAGGCGGCGGUGGCGGAGGCCGAGGAGCGCGGGGAGCUGGCGCUCAGGGACGCCCGGGCCAAGCUGGCGGGGCUGGAGGGGGCCCUGGCCCAGGCCAAGCAGGACCUGGCGCGGCAGCUCCGGGAAUACCAGGAGCUCAUGAACGUCAAGCUGGCCCUGGACAUCGAGAUCGCGACCUACAGGAAGCUGCUGGAGGGGGAGGAGAGCAGGCUCGAGGCUGCUGUGCAGAACCUGAGCAUCCACACCAAGACUUUGGGGUACCUGGGUGGAUUUGGGGGGGGGGUUUGGGGGGGGUUUUGGGGGGGCCGUUUGGGGGGGCUGUGGUCAGCUCGGGGUACUCGGUGCCCCCCCCACCCCCCGAGGGCACGGCCCCCCCCAAAUCCCGUGCCAUCGUCAUCAAGAAGAUCGAGACCGUGAUGGGAAACCUCGUAUCCGAGUCCUCCGACGUCCUGGAAAGCUGAACCCCCUUUCCUGGGGGGCCCCCAUUCCCAGGGGUCCCUCCUUGGCUUGGCCGGCUGAGCUGAGCCCCCCUCUUUCUUGGGCAGACCCCAUAUCCUGACCUGCUGAGGCCCCCCGGGCCUCAAAGCCGAACCCCUCCUUUCCCCAGGGGGACCCCUCCAUGUUCCCCGCCCUCCCAGGGUGUCCCCCUAAGUCCCGACCAGGUGAACCCCCUUCCCUGAGAGGGGCACCCCAUGUCCAGCCCAGCCGAGGCCCCCCUUUCCUUCCCGGGAUGUCCCCCAUGUCCUGGAAAGAUGAGCCCCCCCUUUCUGGGGGACCCCCCAUGUCCUGCUCUGCUGAACCCCCCUGGACCCCCCCCCUUUCCUUCCAGGGUGUCCCCCCAUUGUCCAGCCCAGCUGAGCCCCCCCCCUUUCCUGGGGGUCCCCCAUGUCCUGAUCUCCUCAGCCCCCCCCAGGCCCCCCUCCUGGUGUGUUCCCCCCAGGUGAACCCCCUUUCCUGGGGGUGUCUCUGUGUCCUGGGGGGUCCCUCAUGUCCAGGCCCAGCUGAGGCCCCCUGGGCCUCCCCUUCUCAGGGAGUCCCCCCAUGUCCUGCCAAGCUGAACCCCCUUUUCUGGGGCAGGGGGAGAGGGUCCCCCAUGUCCUGACCUUCUGAGCCCCCCCAGGUCCCCUCUUUCCUUCCCAGGGGUCCCUCCAAGUCCAGGCCACCUGAGCCCCCUUUCCUGGGGGGUCCUGUCCAUGUUCUGGGGGGGUCUUGGGCAGGGGGUCCAUCCCCCUUGUCCAGGCCAGCUGAGCCCAUUCCCAUCCUGGGGGGGGUUCCCCACGUCCUGACCUGCUGGGCCCCCCCCAGUGUGUCCCCCCCUCCGUCCAGUUCCCCUUCCCUGGGGUCCCCCAACACCAGGCACCCUCCACUGAAAACCUGAGCCAGUGCCCCCCCCCCAGCCCCCCCAGGAGGGCUCCAACCCCCCCAUUGUCCUCUCUGUGGGGCUGUGGGGUGGGAACUGGGGACUCUGGGGCCUCCCCCGGGGGUUCUGCUCGCUGCUGGAAUAAAACCUUGUAAAUCUGG